AUGCUUUUUAACGUUAUUUCUAUUUUAUUUUUACUUUGUUUAGAUGCCAUUCCUGGGAUUAGAUUAAAGGCGCUUUCCCAUUUUCCUUCGUUUGUAUCAAUAGUUAAAUUCAUACUUAGUCCUAGCUCCCAUUUAGGACAUUCAAAAAUUUCCAAAAUUCUUUCAUCAACAGGAGUGGCAUAAAAUCUAUAGAAAGUACAAGCCGGGGUUGUAUAGAAACAUCCGGAGAACCAACCGCCGCUACUUUCUACACAUUGUGUUAUUCCUGGGUAAUCAUUCGUGGCAUUAAAUUCAAUUAAUUUUUCAUGAGAUUUUAUUUCGCUGCAUUUUAAAUCAUAGCAGCUUCCUGUUUCAGCGCAUCUCUUUGAAGAUUCAACUUGCAUGUGGAAAAAUCGGGAAAAAUAUUUUAAACUUUUAGUACAAAAAGCCUUUGUUUUAUGAAUUUCCAUUGUUAAAGUCCCUAAUAUUUUUUCGGUAUGAUCGUUUAAAGAAACUUGGAUUUGUUGCUCUUCGGGAUUAAAUGUCAAAACAAUUAUUUUUUCAAACGAGCAGCUUCUUUCACCGAGUUUAUUCACAACACAACUUUCUUCAGUUGCUUGUAAACUAGUGAGGCAAAAACAUUUAGAAAGAUUGAUUAAAAACAAUAAAGCAACAAUCACUUUCAUCGGACGUUUUUUCUUUGUUAUUAGUGGUUUAGUUGGUUUUGGCUUUGAUUCCUUUUUAAUUUCCUCUUCUCUUUUACUUUUAUUUGCGAUGAAUCGAAUAAAUUUUAUUUUAUGUUUUAUUACCCAGAAUGUCACUU